UAGUCAUUGCCAGUUAUGCCAAAUCAUUAUAGGUAUCACACCAUUUUAACAAGAUAAAAUCCCACCAAUAUUGCAUAUACUCUCUCUCUCUCUCUCUCUCUCUCUCUACAUACCUUUUCUUGCAAUCUAAGCCUUGUGUCCAUUUAUAUCCCGAAAGCCCAAUACACACAACUGUGGUCUGCGAUCCUCAUUCGCCGGAAGAACCCUGAAGAAUGAGCUCAGUUUGCAUAUCAAACUGUGUCAACGACGCACGUGACCCUCGUGUUCCCGUCCGUGCCACAUACGUGAACCUCUAUAAGUGGCCGGAGUCCGACGCAGAGUUCGUCCGGUCGUUCAGCUCCGCCGAAGGCCGCAGGGGAAUGCAUGGCCAUCCCAGAGUGGUGGACAGCAUCUCGUGCAGGCAGAUGUAUCUGAGAAGCUACAAGUUCUCCAGGAAAGAGACUGUGCCGGAGAAGACGCAGAAAUGCUUCGGGAGGUUGAGAGAGAAAAUGUCUCCCGGAAAGAAGAGAAAGACUCAGGGGCUUAAAAGGAAGUGUUUGGUUUGGAGGAAAGUUAGGGAAUUGUCGUGUGCCGCCUUGUUUAGGAUCUUUCACAGGUUUUUGUCUUGCUCUGCUAGUGUAGACGUUAUGGAUGGAAAAGAUUGACAACAUAAGCUUUCUCUUCUUAAUUCCUCUGUUUUUUAUGCUCAGAACUACAUUCACAAAAACAAAAAAACAAAGGGGGAUGAAUCUGGUGUUGUGUUCUUUUUUCUUUAGUUUUAUGUUAAAUUAUGUUGAAGGGAAAAUAUUGCAAUAGGGCAUUGUGGCAAGAACAGUUCUUCUUUGUAAAUCUGCAUGUCCUGAUCAUCCUGCGGAGCUUACAAAAAAAACCAUGUAAUUUUGCUCUCCUUUUUUUUUUUUUUAUUUCAGUGUGAUUCUAAGCAAUAAUGUUUUGUAUUUAGUAAUGCUGUCGGUAUUUUCAGUACUUCUUGUCCCUCUUUCUCCUACUCACGCAUUAUUACUCUCAAGUUACAUCCAUGAAGAUCAAGGCCGAAAGGUAUUUUUGUAGCUUUGUUUGUUGUUAACAGCAAGCGCAGGAAUGCAAGGAAAAGUAAAGGUAGUACUUGUUGUACUAAGUUUCCACAGCUUUCCAAAGCUAAGGGACAUUAUAAUCAUGAUAAAUUAGAGGCGUGGUAGUUAUAUAUAAUUUUGGGUAGGGUUGGUUUUUAUGUUGUUUGUGAUAUGUUCCAUUCUUAUGUUUUCAAUUAUGUCAAGUUAAUUCGGUUU